AUGGCCGACAAUAGCCAGAGUCUGUGGUGUAUUGUUGACGGUGACCCCAUGUUGAGAGCCUUCGAACUGGUCAUACCAUCGAGAGAGACUACUUUUGGUCAACUCAGAAGCUACAUUCAUCUCAGCAAGCCUAUCUGGUUUAAGGAUCUGGAAGCAGAGGAUCUCAUCCUUUGGAGCGUCUCGAUCCCAAUCACAAAAGACAACGAGGACACUCCCAUCCUACUCAAAGAUGUCCCCCCCAGCGACAAGUACAAGCUUGGCCCGGCCACGCGUCUCUCAAAGGUGUUCCCUGAGGAGCUGCCUGAAGAGACAGUCCACAUCAUCGUCCAGCGACCCCCGCCAGUCCCUGUGCCUGUACCUGUUCGUGUCUCCACUGCUCCGUCGGAUAUUAUUCGUUCUGGCUCGCCCGCCAAUGGGAAAACGCGUUACGGACGAGAGCUGUACAGAGCCUUGCGACUUCGACUCUCAGAAAAAGCCAAAGCCAACGACGUCGAUUACGCUCCUCACUUCUACUACAUGCUGCUCGACUUCAGCAAGGACGUUAAAUUGAAUCGGACCGAUGCCAGCCUUGAUACCGGAACCAUCCUUGCCUUGCGUUUGGCCUAUUAUCAUUUCUUCCAAGGCAAAUACUUCACAUCAUUUGAAGAUUUCCGCCAUCAAGCUGUCGAACACAUUAAUUUCUUUACGGUCAGCAACGUCAUUCUCACCAUUUGCAAGGAUUUGGAGCUAAAUGAACAACGACCAUUGUUCCUUUUCCUUCACAUUGACGAAUUUCAGCUGAUUUUCGAUCAUCGCUGGAAGGGAACGCCUAACGGCCACCGUGCAUCCCUACCUCAAGCUGGGAUUCGCCUGCCUGGGGACAAAACCGAGUGUCACACACCGCAGGGCCUCUGUCUGUUCCAGGAUAUGAUGCGCACCCUAGGAGACUUCAUGAGCGGUACGUUCAGGCCUCAUAUGAUCCAGACCUUUCUCUCGGGAACCGCUCGGCGGGAAGUGACUAUGGCAGCGCAACCGACGUCUUACACCUUCAAGUUCCUCAGCUGUCCAACACUAUCCCUGGGAGCAUGCUACGACACCAUGAGCCAUUUCACCACGCUCGCCAAUGUCCACCACUGCGAGUGGAUGCCAAAGAUGGCGUUUCUUUACUUACUAUCGGCCACCGACGGUCUUCCGCGAGCACUAGAGCUCUUACUGGAAGAGCUUUUCGGAUAUCGAGUGGAGAAAUGUAAGACUUUUCCAGAUGCGCUGCUUCACAUCGACAUGAACACGGAUCAAAUUUUCAGGAACGUCGCAAACAAUCUCAACAACUAUUACUCUAUCACCGCCUUUGCCCAGACACAUGAGGAACUUGUUCGUGCGCUUGUUCAUCUCAACAUUUUACAGCAACCAUCACUGCGCACGCUCGCCCCAUCCAAGCUCUUUCCGGAACUCACCUUGGAUGUCCUAGAACGCGACACACAUACCAUUCUGGAAGAGAUAAAUGAAGGCAAAGAACUGGUGUUGGUCCGAAUCCCCUUCUUCUUCCUCCACCUCUACAACAUAGCCAUCGGUGUAGUCCGGAAUCGCCUAGGAUCCGCAUUCUUGUACAACUGGGUUGCGGACCGCGAAUGGAGAUUCUUCAAAGGCAUGAUCGCCGAGUACGAGGCGCUACGCACGAACCUUCUUAUCGGUGAUGGCCGCGAAUCAGCGACUCUCGGGGACAUCUACCCAGGAGCCAUUGGACAAGCAGAGACAUUGGGCCGUAUUGUCAAGCUCAAGGAGCUAUCGAUUGUUGAGGCAGCGCACCGAUUCCCAGAGUGGGGAAGACUGACGGUUGGUGAACAAGAACAGGACUGGAGGUCUGGCAUUGUGAUCAAGAAUGCAGAUGGUGCGCAGUUCGGAGAUGUAUGCGUUUAUCGUGAGAAGGCAGACGACAACGAUGACAACAUCCUUUGUGCGCUACAGGCAAAGAAGCUAGAGAGUCUACUCUCAGCCGCGACCAUCCAGAGCGAGCAUAACAAAAACACAAGGACGAUCGAGAGCAUACCACAUGGAUCGAUCUUGGAGCAGGAAGGAAUCAAACAAGCGCGUGCCAUCACUGUCCUUAUCACCACCGCGGAUAUGUCGGAUGACGCUCUUCGAAAGCUCGAGAGUUCGUUUCCCGACGACUGUCUCUUGAUCUACCGACGAACUUUCAACAAAUUCUUCGGCAACGCAUUUAGUGUACCUAUGGCCCUUGCAGUUUCAAAGGAACUCAACUGGAAUUUCGCGACUCAGGAGACUCUGAAAAAGAAGCAUAGGCUUGGAGACAAGGAGGUGGACCAAGUCCUCAAGAACAUGCCCUACCGCUCGUAUGCCGAUCUUGUUGAAAAGGUACCUGCAAUGGGCUCCAAGAAAUUUGGUGAGGAGAUGGGAUUCUUGCCGUACCAAGAUUUCCAGCCUGCAAAAAGGCAGCGAGUAGAAUAA